AUGAAACCUAUCAUAUUAUAUGACUUGGCAGCCAAGGACACGUCCAUCCGCUUCAGUCCUUAUGUUUGGAGAACCAAGCUAGCUUUAGAGCAUAAAGGUCUUCCCUACAAGACAAUUGCAUGGGGAUUCACAGACAAGCAGAUGAUUGCAUUCAGCAAACAAGGCCUUGUUCCCGUAAUCGUUGACCCCAACAAUGGUGACAAGGUUGUCUCCGACUCUUGGAAAAUCGCAGAGUACUUGGAAUCCCAAUACCCAGACAAGCCAUCCCUCUUUGGUAGUAAUUCGGGCAAAAACGGUGUAUACUUUGUCCAGAAGUGGUGGGAAGUCACUGGAAUCAACCAGAUCGUCACCUUCAUUGUAUUAGAUGUAUGGAAGUGUAUUAAUGCCAAGGACGCAGAAUUUUUCAGAACUGGGCGUGAAAAGCUGUUUAAAAAGACUCUUGAGGAUAUUGAAAAAGGACGUGGGGAUCGUGUUAAGGCUUGGAGGGCUACCUUGAGACCUAUCAAAGAUUUGUUGCGUGAGCAGCCUUUUAUUGGUGGCAAGACUCCAAACUAUAGUGAUUACAUCGUAUUUGCUGGUUUCCAGUGGGCGAGAUGUGUAAGUGACUUCCAGUUACUUGAGAAGGAUCCCAAGGAUCCCAUAUACAACUGGCGAGAACGCAUGUUGGAUUUGUAUGGUGGUCUAGCUCGAAAGUCUCCAAUGGUAGCUCCAGCCGCUCACCUGUAG